UUUGGCAGCUCGGAAGCCUCGGAUGCUGAGCGGUCCUGCUGUCGGUCCAGGCUAAGAAAAUCAAAAAGCAUAAGCCAAUGAGUCAACAAGAUCCAGAUCCAGAUAGUACUACAAAUUUGAACGAUGUUACAGGUGCCAACAGUCAACUUAUUAAAGAGUGUGACAAAAUGUGGAAAGAUAUGGAAGAAUGUCAGAAUAAAUUAUCGCUUGUUGGAAAUGAGACACUCACUGAUUCAAAUGCUCAGCUAUCGUUAUUAAUUAUGCAAAUGAAAUGUUUGACUGCAGAACUCUGUCAAUGGCAGAAAGCAACUCCUCAAAUUAUUCCACUGAAUGAAGAUGUUCUAGUUACAUUAGGAAAAGAAGAGUUCAAAAAAUUGGGACAUGAUCUGGAAAUGGUAUUGUCGACCAUUGAGUCAAAGAACGCAAAGUUAAAGGAAGACUUGGAAAGGGAGCAACAAUGGUUGGAUGAACAAGAACAAGUAAUGGGAUCUCUCAACACACUCUGCAGUGAGCUGAAGAACCAGGUUGUACCGUUUUCUGAAUCAAGAAUCUUUAAUGAACUGAAAGCUAAGUUGCUUAAAAUAAAACAAUAUAAGGAGAAGCUUUUGUUUGCCUUGGGUGAGUUUCUAGAAGACAAUUUUCCCCUGCCUGAUGGAAAAGGUAAAAAGAGGAAGAAAAGCAUUCAAGAACCAACCUCACAGUUGAUAACCCUCCAUGAUAUAUUAGAGAUUCUUAUCAAUAGAUUAUUUGAUGUUCCACACGAUCCGUAUGUCAACAUCAGUGACUCCUUUUGGCCACCGUACAUUGAGCUGCUGCUGCGUAAUGGAAUUGCCCUGCGCCAUCCAGAAGAUCCAACGCGAAUACGCUUAGAGGCCUUCCAUCAGUGACAGGAGGCCACCCUAGGAAUCUGGUCCUUGGUGGGUCAUGGAAACACCAAGGACAAUUUGGAGAAAGAACAUUGUUUGCAAGUCCAAGCACACAUCCAUCUCUUUAACCUGCUGUCGUGGUGUAUACUUCAAAAUGAGCUUUUCACAGUGCUUUCAUGUUUUAAACUGUGGGUUAAAAUGCAGAUAAAAAUUAGUCCAUCCCUGACCUCUAUGAAAAAUUUAAUGCACCUUAUUUCACAUGUUAUUCUUUGGGAGCAUUCUUUUAACUUAUAUUUACUUGCUAUAAAUUGAUGAGUUUCUUUUAUGCAUUUUGAAUUUUGUUUGGCAUUUAAUUAUGUAGGAAAUCUAAUGGACAGGCCAUUUAAUUUGCCGAUCAUUUAAAAGGUUGGAACCUUCUAUUUGGCAUGGAAAGCAGAAUAAUAAUCACUUGUUGUCUAUUUGUAAGUUUGUUAAAAAUUUGAUUUAAAAGCUAAUGGAUAAAGCUAGCAUAAGGUAUGUUUUAAUGUGUACUAUGUACUGAGUGAUAUUUUUUAUAUUUAGCUACCCAUGAUUUUGCUAAGU